AUGAAAUACCUGAGAUUUUUACUUUAUUUCUUUCUAUUUUUAUUAUACAUCAAUCAAGUCCAAGCAGAAUGUGUUGGAAAUUUAACCCGAAGAGACGAACCGAGAACCAACACGCUCGGAUGCUUUAUAAAAGACAACUUAUCCAAUGACACAUUAGAUGGUCUUACGAAAAUAAAUUUCUCAGAUCCAUACACUGACAGAGACAGAAUUCUAAUGGACCCAGGGUUAUGUAUAAUGUUUUGUGCCAACUACCUUUUCAAUUAUAGCGCUUUAAUAAGAGGAAGCGAGUGUCGAUGUGGAAAUCAAGAUGGCCUUAAAGCAUAUAUUCAAACCAGUAAUUCGUCUUGCAAUAUCCCUUGUGUCGGUAACGAUUCUUACUAUUGUGGUGGACAAGAAGCAUACACAAUUUAUACCGCGGCAUUAGCUCAUAACAAAAUUCCUUCAGGUGGAUUACCUCCUAUUAAUAAAAAAUUAGAUAUAUUGAAUAGUCUCAAAAAUGACACCAGUUAUAAAGGUUGUUUUAAAGAUAGCCCAUAUUGCAACGUUAGAAGUUUAAAUGGUAUACAAUAUGAGGAAGAGCAUAUGACUGUAGAUACGUGUAUAAAGUAUUGCAGUCAGCAAAAUUACAAGUAUGCAGGAUUAGAGUUGGCGACUCAAUGUUUUUGCGGCAAUUCUUACGAUAGCUUCACUGCCCUCAGUUCGGAAGACUGUGGUUCUAGUUGUGGUGGAAAUAGCUCCCAAGUUUGCGGAGGACAUUUGGCUCUGAGUAUUUACGAAGUACCCCCCAAUCCUGUGCCUUCUAAUUCAUCUUCGUCUUCGCUAUCAGUUGGUAUUAUUGCAGCCAUUGUCAUUGGUGGCAUUUUGAUCUUCAUUCUGAUCCUUUUUUUAAUUAGAAACAAGUUAUUGCCGUUGAUAAGAAAUUCACCAUCGAAUGAACCGGAUGAGACAACAGUAUCGGAUAUUGGGGGCGCACAAAAUCCGACUGAAGCGAAAGAGACAACAGUAUUGGGUAUUGGGGGAUCACAAAAUCAGACUAUAACGAAAGAGACAACAGUAUCGGGUAUUGGGGGCGCACAAAAUCCGACUGAAGCGAAAGAGACAACAGUAUCGGGUAUUGGGGGAUUACAAAAUCCGACUGAAACGAAAGAGACAACAGUAUCGGGUAAUAGGGGAUCACAAAAUCCGACUGAAACGAAAGAGCCAACAGAGACGGUUGAAAUAGUAACAGUAUCGGGUAAUGAGGGAGCAGAAAAUCUGACCGAAAUAAUUAAUACGAAAAAUCCAGAAAAUUAA